UUUUACAGCAUUAAUAGUUUACACUUUUCAAUAGGAUAUCUCUUCACACCUGCUCGAAGCUGAGAACAUUCAGAACUCUUUUUUGUUGUUAUUAAUUUUUCAUUUUCAUAAACCUCAGAACUAGACGUUGUAUUAUAUUCAAAUACAAAAUGUCUUCAGGAGAUUCAUGUGAAUAUGUCCCAACAAUAUGGGCACAGCGAAAAGAUUUACUGCUGAUAUCAUUUUGUGUCGAAGAUUGUAAAAAUCCAGAUGUGAAAUUCGAAGAAAAGAAAAUAAUAUUUAAUGGUCAGGGUGGAUCGUUAAACAAAAAAUAUCAUUCACAAUUAGAAUUAUUUAAAGAAAUAGAUCCUAAGCAAUGCACAGUGAAGAAAACAUCAAGGCUAAUAUAUGUACAAGCACAAAAGAAGGAAUCUGGUCCGUUCUGGCCAAGACUGUUAGACGCCAAAAUGAAGCAACAUUGGUUGAAAAUUGAUUUCAACAAGUGGAAAGAUGAAGAUGAAUCGUCAGAUGAUGAUACAGAAAUGGGGGGUAUGGGCAUGGGUGGGGGCAUGGGCAUGGGUGGUGGCAUGGGCAUGGGUGGAGGUCAACAACCUGAUCUUUCUCAGAUGCUACAACAGAUGGGAAGGGGAACUGGAAGCGCUGACUUUGGUGAUCUGGAUGAUGGCGAUGAUGAUGAAGGCAGUGAACCUGAUAGUGAUGAUGAAGACGUACCCGAUCUAGAACCCAGUGAUGCAGCUGAAAGUAAACCAACAGAUAACGGAACAACUGAAGAACCUACUCAAGUAAAAGCAUGAUUUCCUCAGACACUGACAUUCAAUGGAAGACUAUUGCUCGCCUAAAUCAUACAACAGACUCGAAACAAUGAGCUUGAAAUAGUGUUAUUGAUAUGUGGUUUUUGUGAUGCUACAACACUUUGAGUUUUGAUCUGAUUUUAGGUAAUAACAUGAUGUUUAUUGUACUGCGUCUCACUGAAUUCAAUUUAAUGCAUUACAUGUUAUAUAAUCUGGUUCAAAUAGGCAAAAAGUUUGGGUAGGUAUUCCAGACACGAGUAAUUGUUAAUAUGAAAUUCAGGCUUGUUCCUAACCACUGUUGGGCACAUUUUUGAUGUUUACGAUGUAAUGAAUUUGUAUGGCAAUUGAUAUUUCUGCUGUUGGCCGUGUAUGAUGUGUUUUUGCAUUAUGCUACUGGACUCCCAUAAAACAUGGCAUACAAUACUAAUGAUUUUUCUGCCAUUUGCUACUAUCAUCAUUUAAAAUAGCAAACUAUUGGAGCACCAAUGUGGAUGCUUUUGCCUUUACCUGACAUGUUUUUUUGAUUUGAAUAUCUUGUUGAAAAUAUUGCCUGACUACUGGAACCCCCAUGUUCAUGUAAAUGUUGUCCAUGGUUGUCGUUUUCAUUUUGACAUUGAACAAUAAUUAUUAAACUUUUGUAAUUAA